CAUGAAGACGGUUGCUGUAACUUUCUGUGUCCUCUGCUUUCAGCUUGAAGCCCUGUAUGGAGUUGAUAGCUGCUCGUCAAGACCAUGCAAAAAUAUAGAUCAGCCUCAUGACUCUGACCCCCAGGUGACGGUGGAAUUUGUAAAUGGAAACUUCAGGUUCACAUUCCCCAACCCCAAAAAUGUGAGCGAGUUCAGCAUGACCCUCUUCAAAGGGCACGAGAAGAAGGAGAUCUGUGCACUCCAUUUGAAUAAGGAGAAAAAGAUCCCGGAGAGUAAUGUCAGCUACUGUCAGACAGAGCAUUCAAAUAGCAGCACCACUUUCAUUCUUAAAAAUCUGGAAAGCAAGCAUAUUGACAUUUAUACUUACUGCCUGGAGAUGUUCUUACCCCCUCCUUAUAUAGAUUGCCGGCUGAAAGAAACCUAUUUGUACAUCCAAGAUAAGGAAGACUGCUUUUCACUGGGACUCAUGUCAUGGAUAAUUAUUGGCCUGAUCAUGUUUGCCAUGAUUUGCUGUGUCUUCUGUGUAUUAGUCUGUUGCUUAAGGAACAAGAAUCAGCAGUGUGAAUCCAGCUCCCAUGAGUACAACAGUGAAUACAUGCCCAUGGCAGCAGUGAAUGCAGCUAAAAAAACAAGAAUCUGAGGUU